AGACAGACAGACAGAUAUGUUGGUUUCUGUCAUCAGGAGUAAACAAACUCUGAAUGGCAGGUCAUUUAGAGCACAUGAGCAAACACAAUUUGUCUGACAGCUGGUCACAAGUUUUCCCACGCCCUGGGCGGUGCCAGUUUAAGUUCAGUGACAGAUGACUAGUUACUGUGAUAAACUCUGAACACAAAAUGUCCUCAGUGACGCAUAACAAUCAGAAGGAGCAUUUGUACAAAAUCCUAGUCAUCUGUGAUUUGGGAGUGGGAAAGACCAGCAUCAUCAAACGCUAUGUGCAUCAGACGUACUCCUCUAACUACAGAGCGACCAUUGGAGUGGAUUUUGCACUCAAAGUUCUCAACUGGGACUCAGAGACGGUCCGGCUGCAGCUGUGGGACAUCGCAGAUCAGGAGUGGUUCGGGAACAUGACAAGGGUUUAUUACCGGGAGGCCAUGGGGGCAUUCAUUGUUUUUGAUGUUACCAGACCCACCACGUUUGAGGCUGUCUCCAAAUGGAAGGAGGAUCUGGAAUCAAAAUUAAUACUUUCAAAUGGCCAGUGUAUAGCCACAGUGCUCCUGACCAAUAAGUCCGACCAAAAUAGAGACUUUCUGUCUAACAACAGCCUGAAGAUGGACCAAUACUGCAAGGAGAAUGGAUUUGUGGGCUGGUUUGAGACAUCUGCUAAGGAAAACAUCAAUAUUAAUGAAGCUGCCAACUUCCUUGUGAAACGCAUAAUUGCCAGCGAGAAUGAUAUCUUGAAAUCAGUGGUUCCAGAUACCAUUUCUCCUCAGCUCAACUCAGAUAAAGAACUGACCUGUUCUGCAUGUUUCAAACCCUGAGAGAAGGUAGCAUGAAUCUAUGGCAGCAGUAUUGGUUGUCCUUGGACUGAAGAUGAUGUAGAUGUUCACAGCCUCAUCCCUCCAGUUCCAGCACUAUGGUCAACCAUCGAUAAGCCGCAUCCACCACAGAGAUCUGUCCGUUAGUUACAGCAUUAAACUACAGACACUCUGAGCUUGCACACAAAGUAAUUGUAUUUAUGUUUGAAGCUGCACUUUUUCCUGGUCUUUUUUGUUAUGUCUAACAAAAACCUGGGGAGUUCUGGACUGGCAUGCUUGACUGAACAAGGUGAGAGAUUAUAGAACUACUUUCUGUCAGACACACAGACAGAUGGCUGAUUAUACUUUAAGAAACAGGAAAGUUUUAUUAGUAUAUACACCAUAAUAUAGUUAUUUCUGGUUCUGGUGGACUGAGUUUAAAUCCCCAGUUUUAAAUGAAAAAUAAAAAUUUUACUUUUGAAACCGGUUACCCUUUAGUUCAG